UACUUAAAUCCUUCAUUUAGGGUUUUUUCCACAAUGAUAAAAAAAAGAACACGUAAUGCACCCCUGCUCACAUAUUUUAGUUGCUCCCAGCUUACGUAAUGACGUCACACGUCUGGAGCGACCCCGGAUCCUCCGCCUGGAAAAUUAGUAGAUUCAGGAAUAGUUACAGUCAUUCCGUUCAGCUAUUAACUGACAUCGUUUUCUGUUGCUUUUUAUAAAACUGCGUCGUUUUUGUAGGCUGGCGUUUUUCCCACCGUCUGUCUCUCUAUAUAUAAACAUACAUAACUGCUGAAUAUGGAGUUCAGCUCGACGCUCGGUUUCCCCGACCAAAACAUCGGACUGCAACCGUUCCUUUCGUCCAGCAGCUAGCGUCUACUUUGAACCUCCGGCUUCCUUUCACCGAGCUUUACGUUUCUAACUGGCUAUAGCUAGCUCUCUUUCGCGGUUCAUUUUGCACGCGCAUCUGUAGUUAGGCAUUUACAUACAUUUACAAACAUGUCCCACGUCAAGCGUUGAGUGUUUUCAUUGUUGUUGGCUGGAUAUCCUAUCAAAAUGAGGUCUCCCCUGGCUCCCGGUAUACGCCUCAUCACGUCCUUUUCCCGGGAUAGCUGGUAUCGUGGCUUCAUUCUUCUCCUCACUUUCCUCUUCUACACGGCUUACCAUCUCUCCCGGAAACCUAUCAGCAUUGUAAAGAGCGAGCUCCACAGAAACUGCUCUACAGUCAUCAGACCUCCAGGCAUCAACAUCACUGACAAUGAGACCUGGUGUGACUGGUCGCCCUUCGACCAGGACAAUUAUCAGACUCUGUUUGGGGUCUUGGAUAACUCCUUCCUGGUUGCUUACGCCAUCGGCAUGUUUAUCAGUGGUAUUUUCGGAGAGCGGCUGCCUCUGCGGUACUACCUGAGCUUUGGGAUGGUGACGAGCGGAUUCUUUACAUGUCUGUUUGGACUUGGUUUUUACUGGAACAUCCAUUCAUUGGGGUACUAUGCCUUUGUCCAGGUCAUGAACGGACUCGUGCAGACCACCGGUUGGCCCUCUGUCGUGGCCUGUGUGGGAAACUGGUUUGGAAAGGGGAAGCGGGGAUUCAUCAUGGGCGUGUGGAACUCGCACACCUCCGUGGGAAACAUCUUGGGGUCUCUCAUCGCAGGAGCCUUUGUCUCCUCCGCGUGGGGGAUGUCCUUCAUUGUCCCUGGACUCAUCAUCACUUCCACUGGGAUCCUGUGCUUCUUCUUCCUUGUUGAAAAACCUGAGGAUGUGAACUGCAGUCCUCCUCAGCAUCAUAGUGAGAAAGAGAACGAAGAGACGGAGCCUCUGCUGCAGAACUUACCCAACGGCAACCAAACCAUCAACGGCGGCGUCUCCGCCGAGUCUCCGGUGACUGUGCACGAUCACACAAAGGCAAUAAGUUUCACUGGGGCGCUCUGCAUACCUGGAGUGGUGGAGUUCUCACUCUGUCUGCUGUUUGCUAAGCUGGUCAGCUACACGUUUCUUUACUGGCUUCCUCUCUACAUCUCCAAUGUUGCACAUUUUGACGCCAAACAAGCUGGAGAUAUGUCGACAUUAUUCGACGUGGGAGGGAUUGUGGGAGGAAUCUUUGCCGGCCUGGUGUCAGACUACACCGGUGGAAGAGCGUCCACCUGUUGUGUCAUGCUCAUUGCUGCUGCCCCCAUGCUUUUCCUGUACAAUUCCAUUGGUCAAAGAAAUCUCGGAACAACAAUAGGGAUGCUGUUGUUGUGUGGAGGCCUGGUGAAUGGACCGUACGCUCUCAUAACCACGGCUGUGUCCGCAGAUCUGGGAACACACGAGAGUCUGAGAGGGAACUCCAGGGCGCUGUCAACCGUGACCGCCAUCAUCGAUGGGACCGGAUCAAUAGGCGCUGCGUUAGGUCCUCUGCUCGCCGGUGUGAUCUCUCCCACUGGCUGGAAAAACGUCUUCUACAUGCUCAUCACUGCCGACGUCCUGGCCUGUCUGUUCUUGACCCGACUCGUCUACAAAGAGGUCCGGGGCUGGUGUGGACGCAGCUCCAGAGCCAGAGGGAUCAAAGACAUUUGAAACCAAGCAGAGAAAAGCAGCAACACAAUGGAUCUCUUCUCUUCAAGGCACUAAGCUGUCAACUGAAGCCUUCUCACUGUAAAACAGAACCGUGUCUUUUUUAAAGACUAAAAUCCUUUUUCUACUGCUUUCCUACUCAUUUAAAUGUUUUAUUUUAUCAAUAACGUGUAAAUAUUUUAAUUGGUUUUAUUUUUUUCUGUUGUUUUAUGUUGUAAGUAGUGUAGAAAAAAACAGAAAAAAAGCUUUUUUCUUUUUUUUUUCAAGACAAAAAAAGCUUUUUACUGACUUCUUUUUUCUGCAGGAUGUCAAAAGUCCACCUGAAGAAAGUUGCUGCGACUGCUUUAACCUUUCUAUGAAAGUCGAAAUCUUCUAUUUUCAGACAGUUUUUGUUGAGGUUUGGAAAUCAGAUCAAUGAUGGGAAAGAUGAUCUAAUCUUCAAUCCUUUCUGAGAAGCGGAAGGUUUUCCUUGUAAACCGACAAAUAAGUUGAUCAUAAAAUGUGUUGUAGCAGCUCACUGUUCAGCCAUCCACGAAUCACUUUUUGACUAAAGGAACGCAAAUGAAAUAAAACUAUUCAACCUCC